AUGGCUCAAAUCCCCGAGAUAGACCCUUGGGGGGUGGGCAUAGGAGGUGAAGUCGAGACUGAAAGCUCCGAAGACGAGGAACCGUUACCCGUGGCAACCGACACAGGAACGACAGAAAGACCCCAGAUUCAGGGACUAGGGGAGACGCUAAGCGUACCCCUCUCCUCUCUGAAACUUGAUAUACCACAACUGCCGACGCCGGCGCCAUCGCCUACACGCGGAUUUCGGCCUAUAUCGAAUAUUGAAGGGGUCCCCGGAGCGUUCCCGGGGGAGGCGGAGUCAGGGGGUGCAGCCGUUCAGACCCCAGCUAAGGGGGUGGAUUUAUCAAGGAUGAGUCCUGAGGAUCAACUACGCUCUGAACUAGAGUGUCAACUUGAAGACGAUUUAGAUACUAAUUCACCACCACCGCCAGGUUACCGGGCGAGGGGCGACCUCGCACCUAGAGAUAUCAACGCAGAUUUCUCUGAAAGCAAUAUCCUCACUAGCAAGCGUGCUCGCAAGAGAACCUCCCAUCUCGCUACAAUGGCAGCCGUGGUACAUAGUGGACAGGAAGAAGAUACUCAUAAAGGCGUUUUGUUAGCGUUUUCCACUGCAAUAGGCUCCUCUAGGUCUCAAGAAGUGUCUUCUAGGGACGAUCUACCACCAGAACCAAAGCACUGGUCAGAGAUAAUAAACCAUCCGCACUGCGAGAGUUUUGUGAAAGCUACGGAGUUAGAAAUCGAGACCCUACGCAAGAAGGAAGCCUUUAUCGAAGUUGAUAAACCAACGGACCAAUCAGUGCAGAUUUUACCGUUGAAAUAG